AUGCUUACCUUCCUCUCCCUGGGCUUGAUCUCCACAGUCCUAGGCGCUUACUCAACAAACUCUACUCAAGUCUGCUCCACCUACUACGGAUCGAAGUCGACCAAAAGCAUCCCAAGACAAACCAAGACCAAAAAGUCUUCCAUAACAGUCAGGCGCGUAAAAACGAUCAACCCUGUCAAGACAGUAACCCUCAAGCCCGUCACCCGAACCAGCGCUCGUUAUACUGAAGUCACGCUGCCGUACGCCACUACCACAACUACCAUCAGCACCGAUGCAGACUUUCUCCCGAUCCUCAGCGACUAUGCGAAUUACGCGCCGGAGGGUACUGCAGAGCCAACAACAGCAUACGAGGACACGACAACGACUGACGACUACGGCUAUGAAACAGUGACCGACGACUACGGCGAAUACACGGAAACAUCCUACUCCAACCCCACCGAAAUACCUCGCAUCUUCGGCCGCGCCGCCCCAGCACCAGCGCGUUUUCCCACCUCCAUCUCCUGCGAGAAGAGGAUCAUAGCUUACACCACUAUAUCUGCCACUUCCACCGGCCGCAAAACUUCCACCAAGACUCUCCCCGCCCGCACUGUCUCCGCGACAAUCACAGGCACGCGUACAGUCCGCAUCCAGCGCAACCCGCGCCCCGCAACAUCCACAACGACGUUCAGCACCACAUACGUCGCCGCGGGUAUCGACGUGCGCCUAUCCACAUCCACGACUACAUCCACACUAACGCGCGGUGUGCCCGCUACAACCGAGACAGCGUACCCAGGGUGCGGUGACGAUAACUUCAUCUCGCAAUACGACGGCUUCAGAAUCCUCGGCGGCUUCAGCCCAGAAGACGAGACCAACUCCAUCAACGUGACGCUCAGCGACCCGCCCACUGACCAGGUAACGUGUUGUCAGCGGUACGUCCCCCACUCCUCCCCCCGCAACAUCUUCCAUGCUAAUGUGAAACGCAGCUGCCAGACGCAAGACAACUGCGCGGGCUUUUACUCGGGCUACGGGACGGAGUGGAAUCAGGAUCGGUGUAUUUUACUCGUCGCGACGACGUGUCAGCCAGCCGAGGUGCUGUUUGAGUUCCACGCGCCGAGGAAUUAUGGGGGAGAGGGGGCGGGGGAGUUUGGGUAUGUUGUUGGGAAUGGCGGUUGUGGGAGGGUGCAGUAUGAUGGGGGGAGAUAUGAUCGGUAA